AUGCUGGACCGAGGACAAGGCCAAAGGACACGAAACGGACAUCACCUUCGUGGACUUCAACAAGGCCUUCGACAAGGUGCCGCACGACCUCCUUCUGCGAAAGCUGUCCGACUUAGGUGUAUGUGUAGUCAUGCAGAAUUGGCUGCGAGACUUCCUCCUCGACCGGAAAUUCUGCGUCCGUGCCCAAUUUUUGGUCCAUUGCUCUUUGUGGUAUAUGUGAACAACCUGCCCGGUCAAGUGUGCAGCCCAUCCGUCAUGUAUGCGGAUGACAUAAAAAUCUGGCGUACAAUCAAGGAUCCGAAUGAUCGAAGUUCUCUUCAAGCGGAUUUGAACAACCUAGCUCAGUGGGCGGAUACCUGGGCUCUUCCAGUCAACACAGCAAAGUGUGCUUACCAGCACUUGGGGCGUGCUGACUCAGAGGUAGUCUACAACUUUCAGGGAAUGACAUUGCGCACAACAUCGUGCGAACGAGACCUGAGUAUUAUCGUUACGUCAUCACUGUCUCAACCAAUUUCAUAUCAGUACACUGAUCCAGCUUCGAAGCUGGAGCUGUGGAACACAACCUACGUUAGCACAUACUUUUAUUAG